UUUGUCAAUCCAGAGAUACGAACCUAACAAAGUAAACUAGCAAGAGUAAAUUCGUAACAAUUGGUGUCAGAAGUGGGAUUGUCAAAUAAUCCAAAUUCAAGAUGGUUAAAUUCGGAGAAUUGAGAAUUCAGCAAUUAAAAAAGGAACUGGAGGAGCGUAAUUUGCCGAUAAGCGGGCAAAAGGCGGAUCUGCAGGCACGAUUACGUGAAGCAAUGGAAGCGGAUGGAAUUAAUGUGGACGAGUUCGAAUUUGUUGGGCCAGAAACUUCUACAAAGGUAGAAGAAAAAGUAGAAGAACAACGAACAUCAUCGAGUGUGGACAUGAACGUGCUGUUAGUGGCUAUACAGAAAAUAGCUGAGAAUACAGAAAAUGCAGUGCAAACAGGAAAUCGUCUGGCACAGCAAAUAGCUGAAAAUGCAGAAAACGCAGUGCAAACAGAAAAUCGUCUGGCACAGCAAAUGACGCAAAUAGCUGAAAAUACAUCACAGUUAGAGUCUCGCCUUACACAACAAAUAACUGAAAAUAAUACGCAGUUAGAAAAGCGUUUGGUACAACAGAUUACAGAAAGUAAUACACAAGUGCAAGAGAAAGUUUCAAAAUUGGAAGACGAAUUAAGCACGUUAAAAAAUGACGAAGAAAACUUGAAAUCAGAAGUUCUUCAUUUGAGUAAUCGGAUGCGAGAACUGCAACUGCAUGGCCCUGCACCAUCAACAAAUAAUCCAAGAUUGAAGGCACCCACAUUCGAUGGAAGUAUUCCAUUUCAAAUUUUCAAACUUCAGUUUGAAAAGACCGCAAUGGCCAAUAACUGGAAUGCAGCGGACAAAGUAGCGUCCUUGUUUGUAUCAUUGAAAGGACCUGCGGCAGAAAUACUUCAGACUAUUCCAGACUGUGAACGGGACAACUAUGAGGCAUUGAUGAGUGCGAUAGAAAGACGAUAUGGUAGUGAGCACCGGAAACAAAUAUACCAGAUCGAACUGCAAAAUAGGGGUCAGAAAAUGAACGAGUCCAUUGCAAGAGUUCGCAACUGAAAUAGAACGACUGGCUCAUUUGGCAAAUGCAGAUGCACCUGUGGAUUACAUUGAAAGGGUAAAAAUUCAAUGUUUCAUAAAUGGAAUUCGUGAUGUGGACACCAAACGCGCCACAUAUGCAUUGCCAAAAAGAACGUUUGCUGAAACGGUUUCGCACGCCCUCACACAGGAAACAGCUUCUCUACUAAGUAAACCAGC